AUGGACGGUUACACGUUAAAUGUGCUGAAGACAUUUAGGCUGUUGGAAGAGACGAUCUGUCGCCAGUGGUACAGAAGCCAAAAAUCAAUGUCAGGGGAAGCUAGUGCCAGUUAUGUGGGUUGUUUGAAGGUUUUAUGGAGGAUCUCACAAAGAAGUCUUCGGGUUGCAGUGUGUGCUGAUGGUGGCAGUGCUGUUACGGCAGGACGUGUUUAAUCAUAGGAGUAUGUUUCGUUCAGUAGUGCUAAGAGAUUUACUUUGCAGGAUAUACGGGAAGAGUCUAAUUCGUUGGGUUUUAUGUGGGUUCACAUAUCCUUUACUAGUUGUGGUUAUUAGUUUAGUGUAAGAGCUUGUGCAACAUAUUUCGGUGACAUGAUUGCUAGUUCCCAUGGUCUAGAAAUUGUGGUGGGAAGUUUGUUGUCUAUGUUAUCUUGUGCUGUUGUUUCGGAAAAACUGAGGGUGUCGGGCAAGUUUCAAAGGAAGUUUUAGCAAGCGAGAUUGUGCAAACUUGUAGGGAUUCGGUGUCUGAAGUGCCUAGUGGUUCCUCAUGGAUUUCGCUCUGGUGUUUUUAUCAGUUUCUGAUGGAUUAGGGACAUGAAUAUAUGAAUGCAGGGGAAAAGGUGGUUGUGCACAUUUUGAUGCACUUUAUCGUUUGGUUUUUUCAACAAUAUCCCAUCGAUGUUUUCAUAAUUAUCUAUCUAGCAGCUGCAGUAUCUGUCUAACAGUUUCAGGUCAUACAUAAUGAAAUAAAGGUGUAG